AUGGGCUCUGUCUAUCGCGAACGGUUUGACGACUCUCGGACAUCUGUCUCCUCUGCUCGGCGGGAUGGUGGCUACACAACAGUGACGCGCUACGUGGUGAAGGAUGAUGACGCCCGUUCUUCCGUGGGUCGGGACCGUCGGUUUAUCCCCGAGCGCGCAGGAGACCGAGUUGAAGAGACCCGGAUUGUUCGUCGUGAACGAGAGGUGGAUGAGCCAGUGCGUGAGGUCCGCAGAGACGAUCCCCGCUACUCUGAACGCGAACUGGUAAUUCGCCGCGAACGGGAUGAAGAGCCUCGCAGAGAAUAUGUCUAUGAUAGCCGACGGGACGAGCCUGUCGCGGAGAGAGAGCUCGUCAUUAGACGGACCACCGAGCGCGAGGAACCUCGUCGAGAUGAUGUUUCAGUGGUGAGAUAUGAUGACCGCCCUCGCGAUGUUCGGGUCAGCGAGACCCGUUAUCGGGAUGACUACGAGAUUGUUUCUCCAACCCGCGGGUAUGAUGAUAGAGACCGCGAUCUUCAGCGGUACACUCGCACCUCGGAGUAUUUCAGCCCACCUCCACCUCCUCAGACCAUUGUCAUCCGUUCGGACCCUAUUAUUAUUCGCGAAAGAGUCCGCGACGAUGACUAUCAGAUCGUGCGCAAGUCGGAUCUUGAAGAAGAGCGAAGCGUUGUCCGCCGAGAACCGCCGUCUCGUGGCGAAGAAGACUUCUUCUACGAGAAGAAGGUCCGGGAGCGGAUCGAUGAGCCUCGUCGUGAUGAUGAUGACUACUACGAGCGCCGCACCGCCAGACGCCGCUCUGUGAGCCCCCAUGACUCGGUUUCGCAGAGAGGUCGUGAUUACAGCAGUGACGACAGCAUGGUCUACGUUCGCAAAGAGACUCGCGAGGAAAGCCCCAGUCCUGAUCACCGCAAAAACCUGGCUGCGGGUGUGGUCGCCGGGAUCGGUGCCGCUGAACUUCUACGACAUCAUAAAAAGAAGGAAGGCCGCGAGACAUCCCACGGCCUGGGCCGUGUUGGGCGUGACGUCGGAGCCGGUGCUUUGGGGGCUCUAGCUGUAGAGGGCAUUCAGCGUGCAAGGUCGCUCCAUCGAAGCAGGAGCCGGCGUCGGUCUCGAGACCGUCACUCUUCGCGAUCCCACUCCCGACGACGCAGCAGAUCUCGUUCUGAAUCGCCAUCGAAAUUGAAAAAACUGGGAGCGGUUGGUCUCGGCGCGGCGGCGCUGGCGGCCGCCGCCACCAUUGCUUCUAAGCGCAUGAAUAAGAGUAACGACGAUGAUCGCCGACGUAGUCGUUCUCGACACCGAAGAGAGUCCGUUUCCAGCCUGGAAAAUGACUCGGAUGCUCCGUCGGAUGAUGCUCGAAAUCCACGCCAUCGCAACAAGAGAAUUGCCGAGGCUGGCGCGGCCGGUGCCGUGGUUGCGGGACUGAUCGAUCGAGCUCGGAGCAAAUCUCGAGCGAGAGAUGGUAAAGAACGCCCUCGAAGUCGUAUCCAACAGGCUCUUCCGGUUGUGGCCGCCGGGUUGGGAAGUGCUGCCCUGGCUGGAUUGUAUGAGAAGAAUAAAGCCAAGAAAGAGGCGGAGGAGAUCGUCCGAGAUGAGCGCCGUGCUCGCUCCCGAUCAAGAAGCAGAGCCAGAUCUGAUGCCUACUAUGAUGGUCCCAGAGAAGCCGCGGUCAGCGACCCUGGAUUGAUUGAGUAUGGCCAUGGGCCGAUGUAUGGAAACAACUAUGGGCCGGAUUAUUACGGACGGCCACCCCCCCAGGAAGGAUAUUACGGUGCCUCCAAUGCCGUUGUUCCUGCCGCCGCCGGUGCCGCUGCGUAUGGCGCGCAACGUGGAGCGAGAAGCAGGAGUCGAAGCAUGAGUCGUGAACGGGGGACUCGAAGAUCGUCUCGCAGUUCCAGCUCCUCCCCUGACCGAGGCACCCAUGGUCGUCGGCGCUCACGAGACGCCGCAAAGAUGGCUGCGGCUGCAGGAGCUGGAGCAAUCGCCGCCAGCGAGUACGAACGACGCAAACAAGAGAAACGAGAGCGAAAGGCACGAAGACGGAGAGAAGAAGAAGGAUAUGGCCGUGACCCCUAUGAGGAUAGUUAUAAUCCUCCACAGCCAUAUUCUCCCACCCCCCCACCCCCCGUCAAUGACCCGUAUGCUUCUCAACAAGGUUUCUACCCUCAAACAAGCCAGUUCCCGCCACCUCCAGGAGCUGUACCACAACAAUAUCCUCCACAAACGGCGUCCGCACCAGCCCCAGCGACGGCUAGUUCAUAUCCCCAGCAGACUUACCCACCGCCUCCAGCAGGGCCCCCACCGGCUGGUGCUCCCACUUAUGAUACCUAUGCCUCUGGUGCAAAUACUUACGCACCACGUGGUCCUGAAAAUGUGAGUGCUGCGCCGAGUCCUGCGUUUGGAAAUCCUUUUGCAUCCACCGCUCCCAAUGACCAGAACCAUGUCCCAGAUGGUAUAAAUGAUUCCGCCAGUGCUCCACCGCAACCGCCCAUCAAUGUCCCACCCCCUCCGGCUCCUGGGACGUCGACAUCCACCCCCCCGGAGGCGACCGUACCAUCGGCAAAUACGUAUGUCCCGCCCACUGAGAGAGCGGUGUCUCCACCACGUUCUCAAUCUCAACCACCUCCAUCCAGUCGAAAGAGUGUUCAAUUCGCCGACAAACCGGAAGUUUCGACUGUCUCAGAUACGGCACGAGCAGAAUCUGAGGCGUCAAGUCCUGAUCGUCAUCGCCAGAGGCACAAGCAUUCCCAUUCCCGCGGUUACGAAGCCGGGGAUGAUACGGACUCGACGCCGGACGACUUACGCCGGGGAGCUCGAGAUCAUUCCUCACGCUCUCUUGAUCCAGAAUCAGCAGGAGAUGGAGAGAGAAGGAGGCAUCAUCGGCGCCGACGGUCUCACGAACCUAGGUCUUCUCGCGACGAGCCAAGCUCUAGCUCAAGACAAGCCGAUCUCGAACGUGUGACGAGCCCUGCCGACUCCGAUGCGACAAUCGAGUUACCCCCGAGAUUUGACGAGAAGGGAAGGAAAAAAGCCGAGGAAGGGGAUGAUCCUCUUGCAGAUCGGAUAGAUGAGAUUCUCGCCGGAAAGGGGCCUGCAGGGAAGAUGUUUGGAAAUUUUUUGGACGGACUGUUUGGCCCAGAUGGCAGGAAGAAAAAGGGCAGGUGA